AUGAAGUCAGGGCUGAAUACCAGUUUUCUUGUACGGCAGGGAGACUGUAAGAACGACGCUUGGAUCUUCUCCUUGGCGGUGCUGCUGAGCAGUGCCUUCGUGUUUAAUAGCUUGGGGACCAUUGACCAGCAAUCUAUGGAGCAGCUACAUUAUGUGACCGAACUGACAAAACUGAUUAAGCUGAAGUCGUCCUCCGGAGAAAAAGACGACACCGGCGAAUAUAAGAGAUUCUUCCCGUCAUUCACCUGGUGCGUCCGAGACUUCACUCUAUUACUGGAGAAGGACGGUAAACCCAUCACAGAAGACGAGUAUCUGAUGACAUCUCUGCAGAUGAGGAGAGGUACUGGCAAGGAAGCCAAGAACUAUAAUUUACCCCGUGAGUGCAUUCUACAUUUUUUCCACACGCACAAAUGUUUUGUAUUUGACCGACCGGCGUCAAAGAAAAAACUUCAGGUUCUGGAAGAACUAGAAGAAAGUGAAUUGGAAGAGGAAUUUGUGGAACAGGCAACAAAAUUCUACAGUUACAUGAUCACCGAGAGCCUCGUGAAGACACUGGCUGGAGGAAUGGAAGUCACCGGCAGAAUGUUAGCGGUUCUCGCUGACUCCUAUGUGAAGGCAAUUCAGAGCGGAACAGUCCCCUGUAUGGAGAAUGCGGUUCUGGCUUUGUCCGAGAUUGAAAACACAGGAGCUUUACAAGACGCACUGUCCAAAUAUGAACGGGAGAUGGACAACCAUGUCCUGAAGUUCCCAACAGAGACACAGCAAGAAUUCCUGAACCUACACAUGGAAUGUGAGAAAGAGGCCAUCAAAGUCUUCCUGGGACGAUCACUGAAUGAUAAGGAGCAGAAAUAUCAACACAAGUUGAAGGAACUGAUUGAUAAUAAAAUGAAUGAAUAUUCCACAAAGAAUGAAACGGCUUCAAGAGAUUUCUGCAGGAAACUUCUCCGACAGCUGAGUCUGACUAUGGAGGAUGACAUAUUGGCCGGAAGAUAUUCCAAACCUGGAGGACACAAAUUGUAUUUAAUGGAGAAGCUUAAGGUUAUGGAAACUUACAACGUAACUCCUGGAAAAGGCAUAAAGGGUCUGGAAGUGAUCCAGGAGUACGUCUCUGAGAAGAAGGACGUUGAAGCUGCCAUCAUCCAAGCAGACAACACCCUGACUGAGAAAGAGAGACAGCUAGCAGAGGAACGGGCUCAAGUGGAAAAUGCAGAGAGGGAGAGAGAAAUUAUGGAGCAAAACAACAGAAAUCUGCAAGAACGCAUGGACGACCAAAACAGGAGCUUCGAGCAGCAUAAACAAAUGGUCAUGGACAACAUGGAACGAGAGAGGAAGAUGAUGAUGCAGCAAAACGAACUGCUGAUCAAGCAGAAACUUAAGGAGCAAGAAGUGAUGAUGAAUGCAGGGUUUCACGACAAAAUGAACGCUCUGCAGAGAGAAAUCAAUAGUUUACGGAGUCAGAACAGCUCAAAGAAACGACGUUGUAUUGUGAUGUAAACUUCUUUGAAAAAAUAAACUACUUAAAAAAAAAACUCCUUAGCAAAAUGUAAAAAUAUUGGUGCAGUAAAGUUCCCAUAAUCUGGAUCCCACAUUAUGGAAUUCUUGGUAAUCCAGCAUAAGAGAAG